UUCGCAAAAACUUCGAGGAAUAACGAAGACGACGAACCCGUCAUCGUUCCUCUUCGUCUCCUCCUCUUCCUCUCAAUGGCAUUGCUCUUCCAGCCAAGCGCCACAGUUCCACUCCCCAAGCUCCUCUCGAGGACGAGAUCCAUGGCCACCACCAGCUGCUCCCCCACCAUGGCCUCACGGAAGCUGCCCAUCUUGCUCUUCGACGUCAUGGACACACUUGUCCGCGAUCCUUUCUACGAAGAUGUCCCCAAUUUUUUCAAAAUGUCAUUGAAAGAAAUUUUGGAAGAAAAGCACCCCACUGCAUGGGUUGAAUUUGAGGAAGGGCUGAUCAGUGAGGUAUGCAUACUAAUAAAAUUCUUCAAAGAUGGAAGACCUUUUGAUUUGGAAGGUCUCAAAGAAUGCAUGGUUAGGGGAUAUUGCUAUAUAAAUGGCAUUGAGGCAUUGCUACAGAAUUUGAAGCUAAACAACUAUGAAAUGCAUGCUUUCACAAAUUACCCAAUUUGGUAAAAAUUGUGUAAUUUAUUCUUUUGACCUUUUGAGCUUGAAAUAAUUCAAUCUUCAUUUGUAACAUCCUGUAGGUAUACGCUGAUUGAAGAGAAACUGAAACUUUCCAAGUAUCUGUCUUGGACAUUCUGUUCUUGUUUAACUGGAAAAAGGAAGCCUGCUCCAGAUUCUUAUGCUGAAGUCUUGACAAGACUGGGUGUUGAUCCAGCAAAUUGUGUAUUCAUUGAUGAUAGGAUCACAAAUGUUGAGGCAGCAAAAAAUGCAGGAAUGGUGGGCCUGCAGUUCAAAAAUGCAGAUACCUUGAAAGAGGAUCUAUCCUUGUUAGGAAUUGGAUUAGUCACUCAAGACAAUUGAUAUCUUUAAACGGUGCUGCAACUGUAAAUGAUUGCUACUGAAGAACAAGGAAAUGGCAGGUAUCAAUUGAAGGUCAUCCCUUAAACUAUCACUUUCAUGUUGUUUCCAUGUUAAGCUCUGCAUGGUUCUUGUUCCUCAACUCCCAAGUCACUUGUGGUAAUAUUAUUCUUCCUAUUUCUUCUUAACUUACAUUUCAUGCAUUUUUUUUUCUUUUGAAACUCUUUAUUAAUAUCUUAAGAUGGUUGUAUCAUGUGCAAUUCAAGUUUGGCUCAAGUUCAAUAAAGAAAUUUUCUUAAACUCUUUAUUUAUAUUUUUUUCAUUGAAUUUAUCAUGUGUAAUUUGGGUUUAGCUCAAGUUUAAUAGAAAAUUUUCAUGAAA